AUGGCCGUGCCCACCGGUUCGGCGCCCUCCCGGCUCCCGAUAAAUCCCCGCCGCGCCACAUGCCGAGCCUUCCCAACUCGGCAACUCAACGGCCAGCAGCCUAGCUAGCACCAUCUACUCUACCAGCCAAGCCUAUCACUGCAGCAGGGGCCGUACGCGCUGCCACUCUCCUUGGAGCACAGUAGUAAAAGACUAGCGCCCGGUCGCGAACUCGCGAUCCAUGGACGUGUACAUCUCCGAGGAGUACGUGGCGCGGCGCCGCGCCGAGAGGAGGGCGGCGCGGAACGCCGCGGCGGCGGCGCCACGCUGCAGCGAGGAGAAGGCGCGGGCGGACGGCGAGGAGAAGCGGUGGACGGGCGCGGCCGCGUGGGCGAAGGAGAAGCGAACGGUGGUCGACGGCAAUGCCGCCGGUGCGAACCCCGGCGGCGGCGCCGCCUGGCUCGUCGGGGAGGACGCCGUCCUCAGCUACUUCUCGGCUUAGGCGACGCUUGUCGUCCCCGCUGCAUGCGUCGAGCUAGCGACAAUGGCAAUGCAAAAUGCAAAUAGACAUGCCCAUGCAAGGUUUUGU